UGUUGUGCGGUUUUUAGGUGGAAGCGUUGCGUGACGUGACUGGUGUGCUGGAGACGAAGGCGUCGUCAAGGCAGGCGAUGGUCGGCAGCCUGGUGGACAACUCGACGGAGACUUUCUGGGAGUCGGGCGACGAGGACCGCAACAAGACCAAAGUGCUCACAUUCACCUGUCCGUCGCACGCCAACCCUGCCAUCAUCUAUGUGCACAUCGACAACUGCCGCGACCUAGCGAACAAAGUAUCAAGUGUGACGUUUCUGUCCGGCUCGAAUAGUGAAGAGCUAGUGCGCCUGCGCACUCUAGAAGUCGAGUGUCGCGCUUCUGGCUGGAUCAACUGCUCUAUCAAAUUACCGCGUCAAAGUGUGCUGCGCCUGGAGCUGAAGGGGCCGGACAACUCGCUUCGCGUGCGGCAAGUGCGUGUGCUUGCGGCGGGGGAACGCACGCCGCAGUCCACCGCCAUCGCCAUACAACAACGCAACACCGAAGCUGAAACCCUCAAAGUGUUCCGUCUAAUCACUUCACAGGUGUUUGGGAAGUUGAUAGAGAGUGGUGGCCGAGUGGACAGGAACAGUGUGGUGUUGGCAGGGGACGAGGACGCGGGGGAGAGCAACGACCUGAAGGAGCACGUGGUCGGCAUUCUCUUUGCACGCAGUAAGCUCACCCACCUCCAGCGACAGGUGUGCGCACACAUAGUAGAGGCGAUCCGCCGCGAGACAGCGCUGCUGCGCGAGGAGUGGGAGACGCGGCUGUGCUCGGGGGGGCCGAGCCCGGGGGCUGGAGUGGGGCCAGGGGCGGACUCAGUGGACACCUACUGCUUCGAGAUGCUGAGCAUGGUGUUGGCCCUGAGUGGGUCGGCUGUGGGGCGUGCCCACCUGGCCUCGCAACAUGCCUUGCUCAACGAUCUGCUCUGCUUGCUGCAUACCGGAUCCGCCAGGGUUCAGAGACAGGUGACGGGGCUGCUGCGACGAAUGCUGCCGUCUGUGCCCCCCUUGGUGCUGGCCCGGCUGACGGGGGUGCCCCGCCUCCCACCCACCGACUUCACCGUCGUCGCCUCCGCCAAGGACAGUGACGGCGAACACUUUGACUGCUAUCAGUAA